AGGGUGGCGCUGCAUGAGGCCCUGUGCAACCGCCUUGUUCCUUGUUGUCCCCAGGCUUUAACCAAUUAUUUUCCAUGAGCUGUUAAGGACAGAUCUUGGUGGAACAAGGGAGAGACGUUCCAGCAUAGCCAGGAGAAGAUGGAGGAUUCAAACCCCGACGUUACACUGACCACACGGCCAACACUUGAUAUCGCACCAACUCAGAGCAUAGCAAAUAUGAAGGCUUCUUCUCCCAACCUGGAUAUUUUUGGGGAGAGACUUGUUUCCCACCCAAAUGAAGUGCCAGACUUUGUGAGGAACAUGCACCGGAGACUUGUAUCCAGUGCACCUCCAGGUGACAGGGUGUUAAUGGACAUCCUGAGGCUGACCGAGGCACACCCCACUGAUGUCGCAGUCACCCUCCUGCGCUGUGCCCCAUCAUGUGACAGGGCUGCUACAAUCAUGUGGAGGACCAUAGCCUCAUCAGGAAUGGCAGUGGACAAGGUGCUGCCAACACUGCUCUGUGUGCUGGAAAACUGGCCACUGCAUAGAGUGUCCACCUCUGAUGGGGACAAAACAAGAGUCUUUGCCCUGGCUGCAACCAGGGUGGUUUGGGAGAUUCUCCGCCUGCCCUGGUGCCCAGCGCCGUUUAUGGAACAUUCUCCCCGCCUCCUUGUGGCUCUGCUUUCCCAAGUUUUUGUCAGCACAUUAGAUAUGCCAGAGGAGGUCAACACCUUCUGGAAGGAAUGCCAGGAGCAACUCAGCCUUCCCACCAGCAUCAACAGGUUUGCAGUGCAGACUGUGAGGGCACUGUUCCGCUAUCUGCGGUGUCUGGAUUUACUGAUGGCAAUGGAGCGCAAGCAUGGCUGGGACAUGCUGCUCUGUGCUGACACCCACCAUUAUGCCGUGGGUCUGCUGGCCAGGGAGAUGCGCCGUACCUCGAACCCCUUGUGUUCCUGCAUUGCACUCCGCCUGCUGGGGCUGCUCAGCUCACAGAAGCCACGCUGGGAUCUGCCAGCCCUGGCUUUCAUUGUGGAGGUGAGCCUGUGGGCCAGCACUGCCUGCCUCAGCUUCCUCCCAGCUCUCUGCCCUCUCGUAGCCACAGCUGCCAUCCACGCCCCGUGCUGCUGCCUGGGCCCGGCCCUGUGCGGUUCUGGGCUCCUGCCGGCCGGGUCCCCUGUCACUGCCCUGUGCCUUUCAGGUCCUCGAGUGCCCUGA